GGAGAGAGAGAGAGAGUCGAGGGAGAGCGGAGCAGACAUUGGACUGAAAAGGCGGAAGGAGAAUCGCGAAGUACGCGUCCGUCACGCACCGAGUGUUGCCUCGGCUGGCUGGAAGCGCGCCGUUUUCCAGGGGAAGAGAGAAAGAAAAAUGAGAGCGACAUUCUUGUACUCGUGAAACUAUAAGAGGAGGAUACGGCGCUACGCUUCAGAGGGUAGGAAAUGUACGGCGCUGAGAGGGAGGAGGUGUCGGAAAGCUGGCUGCAUACGUAUGACCUGAGCAGUACUAUGAUUCCCAAUGCGAGCGCGGCGAUGGACGACGAGGAGCACUUCUGCAAGCUCAUUUUGUACAAGGAAAUCAAGGAGUCCAGGGUGCGAAUAUGGGAUGUCAUCAUUCUGAUACCAAAUCUCCUGUUUCUCCUAUUUAUCGCGAUGCGAUUCAACAGAGCGAGGCUUAAGUUACGUGCAACGAGUAGCCCAAUAUUCUUAGCAUUUUAUGGUCUGGUCAUUUGUAAUGUAGUUAUCUCAGUAGUGCGAUGUGUUGUAUCGAUGACAGUGAAUGCAGCGGCGACGGUUGGCGGCAAAGCUGACAAGGUCCUAUGGGUUACAGUGCGAUUUUUUUUACUGUCUACCGAGAUGAGUGUGGUUAUAUUUGGUCUAGCGUUUGGUCAUUUGGACAGUCGCUCCAGUAUUCGUAGAGUAUUACUCGCUACGUCCCUUAUAGCACUGGCAUUCACGAUCACUCAAGGGACAUUGGAGCUGGUCCUGCCGGACGAUACCUUUCAUAUUCCCAGUCGCGACUUUUAUGUAUUUGGUCACGGCGGCAUGAUGUUUUGGUUUUGCAGCAGUCUCGUUUUCACAACGAUAUAUCUCUUCAUAUUAAUACUGCCAUGGACACGAUUGCGAGAUCGCCUAGCACUUCCUACACGGAAAAGCUUUUAUGUUUAUGCUGGAACGCUAGCGACGUUGGAUUUAGUGCAAUCAAUCGGUGCAGGUUUUCUAAACUACACGCAAAAUCCAGUGGGAUUAUGCAUCGUAGACUUCACUGCGGCAGUAUAUUUAACUCUUUUUACUCCUUUGGUUUAUCAUACAUUCCUAUCAGAAUUCUUCGGGAUCUCGCAACCUUCGAUAAUGUUUUCUUAUAAAGCACAAGUGGACGACGCCAUGGACGAAGACACAGUGUCCUUACCGCAUCAACAGAGUUUUUCAUCCUUGAAAACCGACAGCGAUUACAUCUAUCAGGUCCAUACUCCUUCUAUUCACAUACCGCUGUACGAUUCCCAAGCAUCAAAAUUUUCCAGACCGAGAGCUUCUCUUUAUUCCUUAACAUCCGCUAAAGAUCCUAAAAAUAAUGACACCAGUGCUUUCGGUUCACCAGUUAAACCGUAUUGUUCAACGUCCGGUAUUAGAAGCUUCGGUACCAGCAUUUCCAGAGAUCUCAGCACAGAAAAAGGCGUCUCGAAAGUGGUUGAUUAUUCCUUGGCCAAGUCCGCCGCCAUCCAAAAGAGCGUGCCAGAUUUAAGACUCUCCAGCCCGAUCCGAAAAGCCAUUCCUGUUAAAUAUGACAGUCCUGGUAGCGUCUCAAAUUUACUUCUCUCGACCGAUACCGCUAGUAACUUUUUUUAUAGACCGAACGCAAUUGACAGCAAUGUCAAUCUAUUUUCUCAAACGAGGAAAAGUAGCUUAGAAAGUAUAUCGCAUAAAUCAAAUGUAGAUCACGCGAUUGUGGUUGAAAAUAUUUCGCGGGGACUCGAUAGCUCCUCAGAAGUAUCUCAAAUUCCAGCGUUAGAAAACACCUUACAGUCCAUUCUGGAGAGCGGGACACACGAAAUUGAAAUGGAAAAUCCCCAAGAAUCUCGAUUAAAAACAAUAAACAUCGAUAAUUUAAUUGAAAGUGAUACUGCUAAUGUAGAUUCAAAAUAUUUAACAACGUCAUUCGGUACCAAGAUUUUUAAAACUUACUCGGACGAAACGUUAAGCGGUUUACCCGAUAGUUCAAACGUCACGCAACGAUUACUUCCUAGAUCGACUUCCUUUUGUACAACCGGUGGGUAUAGAAAAAAUAAGAAUGUUUCGAAGGGAGGAGAAUCGGGCGGUUUAAGCGAAUACCUAUUAUCCAUAACAUCUCCGAGAUCUGUAAAAUACAAAAAGAGCGAAAUUCAGCAAGAUCCUAAUCCCUCCCAAGAUUCAGACCUCUAUACGCAAACUGAAUCUUUGUAAAUAGCUUAUUUAUAUAUCGCUGCAAUCGGCUCACUGUAUUUGUACAUAUCGUAGAUAAGCUCGCAAAUUUUACGUUGAUUUUGUUAAUUAAUCCCCGUGCAUUAUAACACGUAUGGUAAGGUACCGUUUGAAAGCUUUCUAACUGUAAAUAUCUCAGCAUUUUAGAAACAUCGUAUAAUUAAACGUACUUAUGUAGUCAA